AUGGCCCAGAAUUCUGCCCGGCGAGCACCACAGACAAGUCCUCAAGAAUACGCUGCCGUUCCCCAGAGUCCUCGUACUGGAAUGCCCGCUCCACCGUUGUCACCAGGUCCGCGACCGCCUGCCUCGACCUCAAGCAUACAGCAAGGCAGGGGUUCCAUUGCACAAGGCGUCGCCAGCGGUGCAAUCGGUGCAGGAUAUGGGCCUUAUUCCUACAAUCCCUUGAACCGCGAUACUCUGUACAACGGCUCACGGUUUAGUGCAGCGCCUUCCGAAGUCUCAUCAACCACGGGAAGUAAUGGAGAAAAAGCGUUUUCUUCCAACACAUCGACUGUCCCUCAGUAUCUCUGGGAUAAGGAUCCUGAUCUCGACGAUGCCCUCCACAAUCCGGAUCCUGUUCGUGACGCUCAAAUGGACCGCUCAUUUACCCUCUUCUCUGCGAGGGGCUGGCUGAACGCCGGUGCUCUUUUUAUCCUUGUUGUUGGGCUCAUCACGCUCUUCGCUGGAUACCCGGUCAUCGUCUUUUACAGCAGAAACACUGUCACGACCUCAGGGUUCAACCUCGGUGGGAUCAAUGGUUCAGGGCAGAUACCCGACCUUCCCGGCCUUCCUUCCCUCAUCGACAGUGACACUCCUUCAGAUGCCUAUACACGUACAGGCCAGGAUGGCAAGAAGUACAACCUCGUCUUCAGUGACGAGUUUAACACAGAUGGACGGACAUUUUACCCCGGCGAUGAUCCGUAUUGGGAAGCAGUCGAUUUUCAUUACUGGCCUACGGGAGACCUUGAGUGGUAUGAUCCCAGUGCCGCCAUUACCGAAAACGGUAAACUUGUAUUGACUAUCACCAUGGAGGAUGUCCAUGAUCUCAAUUUCAAAAGUGGCAUGAUUACUUCGUGGAACAAGUUUUGCUUCAUGACAGGCUACGUCGAGGUUUCCGUUAGUAUGCCGGGAAGCUCGACAGUCCCCGGUUUCUGGCCAGGUGCAUGGUCCAUGGGCAACUUGGGUCGGGCAGGCUAUGGCGCCACGACAGAAGGCAUGUGGCCUUAUAGUUACGAUUCAUGCGACCUCGGAACCUUCCCGAACCAAACAACUGCAGAUGGCUCGCCCGCUGCUGCCCUUACGGGUUCUAGUUUUGGGGGAACUCUUAGUUAUCUGCCCGGCCAACGAGUGUCUGCCUGCACGUGCAGUGGAGGCGACCAUCCAGGUCCAAGCGUAGAUGUCGGUCGUGGGGUUCCCGAAAUCGAUAUCCUCGAACAUCAAAUUGACGUCGACAUAUUUCAAGGAGAGGUGUCACAAAGUUUCCAGAUUGCGCCGUUCAGCUAUCAGUAUAACUUUGUUAACACCACGCCGGCUAUCGUCGUCACGGAUGAUACGAUCACCACUUUUAACACGUACAAAGGUGGAACGUACCAACAGGCCGUUUCCGCUUUGACCCUUAUUGAUCCCACGCAUUACAACGAUGUAGCGUACGGGACAUACGGGUAUGAGUGGUGGUCGGAUCCUAACAACCGGGACGAUGGCUACAUACAAUGGUAUAGUGGAGGCGUAGAAUCCUGGAAGAUUACUUCUGCUGCCAUUGGGCCCGAUGCAACCGUAGAAGUUAGUCAGCGCCUCAUACCUGAGGAGCCGAUGUACUUGCUGCUCAAUUUGGGAAUGUCACCAGAUUUCCAGGCCGCGGACUACAAGCACUUGGUCUUCCCAGCAAAGAUGUAUAUCGACUAUGUGCGGGUAUACCAGCGUGCAGGGACGAAGAAUGCUGUGACAUGCAAUCCUCCAACACGGCCUACACAGGAUUAUAUCAACAACCAUAUCGAGGCCUACACGAAUCCCAACUGGACAACAUGGUCAGCGGCUGGAUUCGACUUCCCCCGCAAUUCUAAGUAUAACGGUUGUUAA